UGGAGCGGGGCGGCGCUCUAGGCCGAGCGGGAGGUCUAGGCUUCGGGCGCUCGCUGGUGGCGGACCCGGAGGCUGCUGCUGCGUGCCGGGGCUCCUUGGCCCGGAUCGAAUUCGAUCCGGAGCCAUGAGUGUGGACAAGGCCGAGCUAUGCGGGUCUCUGCUCACCUGGUUGCAGACGUUCCAAGUUUCGCCCCCCUGUGCCAGUCCCCAGGACCUGAGCAGCGGACUCGCCAUAGCCCAUGUGCUGAAUCAGAUAGACCCUUCCUGGUUCAACGACGCAUGGCUCCAGGGCAUCUCAGAGGACCCAAGCCCCAGCUGGAGGUUGAAGGUCAGGAAACUGGAGAAGAUCUUACAGAGCUUGGUGGAAUACUCGAAGAAUGUUCUGGGGCACCCUGUGUCAGAUCAGCAUCUCCCAGAUGUGAGCCUCAUUGGCGAGUUCUCAAAUCCUGCAGAACUCGGCAAACUGCUUCAGUUGGUACUGGGCUGUGCUAUCAGUUGUGAGAAAAAACAGGAGUAUAUCCAAAGAAUUAUGACCCUGGAGGAGUCUGUUCAACAUGUAGUGAUGGAAGCCAUCCAGGAGCUCAUGACCAAAGACACUCCUGAUUCCCUGUCACCAGAGAAUUACGGGAACUUUGAUACACAGUCCCGCAGGUACUAUUUCCUGAGUGAGGAGGUGGAAGAGGGUGAUGAUCUUCAGCAACAUUACCUGGAUCUGGAGCGCCAGCUCUUGCUCCUUUCAGAGGAGAAGCAGAAUCUGGCACAAGAGAACGCUGCCCUACGAGAGAGAGUGGGCCGGUCGGAAGUGGAGAGUGCCCCGGGCCUCACGGCUAAGAAGCUAUUGCUUCUGCAGUCACAGCUAGAACAACUCCAAGAGGAGAAUUUCAGGCUGGAGAGCAGCCGGGAAGAUGAUCGGCUACGCUGCCUGGAACUGGAGCGCGAGGUCGCUGAGCUGCAACAACGGAACCAGGCACUGACCAGCCUAUCCCAGGAGGCACAAGCACUAAAGGAUGAGAUGGAUGAGCUGCGGCAGUCUUCCGAACGUGCAAGGCAGCUGGAGGCCACUCUGAACAGCUGCCGUCGUCGCCUGGGCGAGCUCCAAGAGCUCCGGCGGCAGGUGCGGCAGCUGGAGGAGCGAAAUGCAGGCCACGCGGAGCGCACGCGGCAGCUGGAAGAAGAGCUGCGCCGUGCAGGAUCCCUGCGUGCCCAGCUCGAGGCUCAGCGCAGGCAGGUGCAAGAGUUGCAGGGCCAGUGGCAGGAAGAGGCCAUGAAGGCUGAGAAGUGGCUGUUUGAAUGCCGAAACCUAGAGGAAAAGUGUGACCUGGUGACAAAGGAGAAGGAGCGGCUUUUGACUGAGAGGGACUCCCUGAGGGAGGCCAAUGAGGAGCUCCGCUGCGCCCAGCUGCAACCCAGGGGAUUGGCUCAGGCUGAUCUCUCCCUGGAUCCUACCCCUUCUGGCCUGGAAAACUUAGCAGCAGAGAUCCUGCCUGCAGAGCUCAGAGAGACGCUAGUGCGGCUUCAGCUGGAGAACAAGAGACUGUGCCAGCAGGAGGCCGCAGACCGGGAGCGACAGGAGGAACUGCAGCGCCACCUGGAGGAGGCCAACCGUGCACGCCAUGGGCUGGAAGCACAGCAACGGCUGAACCAGCAGCAGCUGUCGGAGCUAAGGGCGCAGGUGGAAGAGCUACAGAAGGCCUUGCAGGAGCAGGGGGGCAAGACUGAGGACGCCACUCCCACCCUGCUGAAGAGGAAGCUGGAGGAUCAUCUGCAGAAGCUGCAUGAGGCUGACCUGGAGCUGCAGAGGAAACGAGAAUACAUUGAGGAGUUGGAGCCUCCCACUGACAGCAGCACAGCUCGGCGGAUCGAAGAGCUACAGGACAGUCUGCAGAAGAAGGAUGCAGACCUGCGGGCCAUGGAGGAACGAUACCGCCGCUACGUGGACAAGGCACGCACGGUCAUUCAGACCCUGGAACCCAAGCAGAGACCACCCACUGUGGUGUCCCCAGAAUUCCAUACCCUGAGGUCACAGCUCUGGGAGCGGAACCUGCGGAUACGGCAGAUGGAGAUGGACUAUGAGAAGAGUCGGAGACGGCAGGAACAGGAGGAAAAGCUGCUUAUCAGUGCCUGGUACAGCAUGGGCAUGGCCUUGGAGCAUCGGGCUGGGGAAGAGCACGCUCCUGCCCAUGCCCAGUCCUUCCUGGCACAGCAAAGAUUGGCCACCAAUGCUCGCCGAGGACCCCUGGGGCGCCAGGCUCUGAGCCUCCGCCCCACUGACAAGCACUGACAAGACCUCGACUUCCUGCUGCCUGCUGGAGUCUUCCAGUUUACAUUUACCCAGCUGGGCCUUUGACCUUGAUUGAGCCUGACUUCUGCCCUUUGCUUCCUUAGAUGGGAGAGAAGGGGACAGGCAGGUAGCAGGUGUGGAAUUAUUCCUUUUAGCAAUGUGAUUCUUUUUGAUUCUUCUCCUGGGCCUCAUGUACUACCUGGGAAGAGCCUGAUUUUAUAUUUGAAAAGAAUAAAGACUUUAAAUCUGUCAUGAAUGUAUUCUAGACACAAUGACGAGGAAUAAAAACUGCACUGGGGACACAGACCAUUGCUUUUAAAAUAAAGUUUUUACAUGUA